AGCAGUAUCCCUCCGCCCCCUUCCCGACACCCUCCAGGCGAGCUGGCUUGCCGCAUCCUGCGCAGCCCCUGCCGUUUGGUGCAGAGACUUAGGGGCGGGACACGUCUCUGCCAUUCCACUCGCGCGCAAAGCGGUGGGGGCUCUGUGACAGGAUCUCCUGAGGACCGAGACCAGCCAGGAGCAGGAGGGGGACGCGGGGGAGCCCGGGGACCUGGGCCUUGCGCCUGGCCAGGCAAGUGGGGGAUCCAUUUUCUCAACAUUUCACGUUGAACAUUUGUUUUAAUGUUCGAAUGGAGUUAAAGUAAAGGAGAACGUUUUGUGCAGGUCGACUCUUCUCCAGCCAGAGGACACUUCUUUAGUGGGAAGAAUAGCAUUUCCUGAGGAUCCUGCUUUGUGUUCUGCCUUUGAAGUCAGUCGGGUGGCUUUUCGACAGUGAAAGUGAGAAAGGAGGAAAUAAUCCCAUCUCAUCAGUGCAGCUUAGUGAAGCCUUUCUGAAAGCCUGUCUUUCUCCACUGGUAGACUUGGAUUGGGAGAAGAUUGCUUUCAACGGGUCUGCCUUUGGAAAUCAUCGUCUUCUCCCUAACCUGAGGGUGUCUUUAAUUUGUCCCUAUCAUUGAUAGAGACUGUAUGUCAAAAAAGGGGAACUUUUUUAACAACUGAAGUAACAGUUGUCUUUGACUCGUUCUGCCAAGUUUAUCUCUGACCAAGUUAACAAGUGUAAAGAUACCAGCCCGGAACAAACAGAGAACUAAGGAUAAGACUGGACAGGUGUAUAUAACUGUGCUUCAACCAUGACUGGUUCAAAGAAUAAGGGUAGGGCACAGGCUAAACUAGAAAAAAGGGCAAGUGCACAAGCCAGAGCUCUGGCAGAGAGGGAGGCUGCUAAUGCAUGCAGAGGUGCAGGCAAAAGCCGGGACAAAGGGAAAGGUAAGGCAGCACCUAAAUCAGAUGCAGUGGCAGAGACGAAGGCAGGGUCUAAGGGAAAGGUAGUUGCUGAGACAAAAGAAGGAGCGAGAUCAGAAUCUAAGGCUCUAGUAAAAGGCACAUCAGAUUUCAACCAUAGGGCGGAGAACAAGUUUGCUAGAUCCACUCGUAAAGAUAAGCCCAGUAGUGAUAACUGGUUCUGGACUGGAGAAGAUUCUGGUAUCAAUUCCUGGUUCUGGAAGGGAGAAGAAGAUAGUAAUAAUUCUGUUGCUCAGUGUGAAAAUAAACCUAGUACUAGUAUCCAGACCCGUGCUGAGGAGCCCACACCUAAGAUCAGCCACAAGUCUAGGUCAGGUGCUGAGGAGGAGGAUGAAGAGAACGUUAUUGGGAACUGGUUUUGGGAAGGUGAUGACACUGGUUUUGAUUCUGAUCCUAAACCUGUUUUCAAAAUAGUUAAACCUCAGCCAGUGGAUGAAAUUAAUGAAAAAGAUAGGCCAAAGGACUGGUCUGAGGUAACUAUCUGGCCCAAAGCGCCUGCUGUAACUCCAGCAGUGUUAGGUUAUAGAUCCCAGGAGUCAUCUGAAGCAAGGUCCUCUUCAUAUAUUGUUCUGGCCUCAAAUGAAGAGGAAACUUCAACAGCAUGUACUAAGAAUACUCGUUCAAGCCUACAGCCUAUACCUGAGUAUCCAUUUGGUUCUGAUCCUUGCAUUCAGACCUUAGAUGAAAUUAGACAGCAAAUCAAGAUCAGAGAAGAGAAUGGCAUCAAGCCCUUUGCUUGCCCUUGCAAAAUGGAGUGCUAUUUGGAUUCUCCUGAAUUUGAAAAGCUUGUUAACAUACUUAAGUCAACUACUGAUCCUCUUAUUCAUAAAAUAGCACAGAUUGCAAUGGGUAUACAUAAAGUUCAUCCGUUUGCCCAGGAAUUCAUUAAUGAAGUGGGUGUGGUGACACUUAUUGAAAGCUUGCUCAGUUUUUCUUCCCCUGAUGUUAGUAUAAAAAAGGCUGUUAUUACUCUGAAUUCUUCUGUGGAUGACAGACAACACAAGGUUGAAUUUCAUGUUAAGCAUAUGUGUAAAGAAACUGUAUCUUUCCCCUUGAACUCACCUGGCCAGCAAUCUGGAUUAAAGAUAAUAGGGCAGCUGACUACUGAGUCUGUCCAUCACUACAUUGUAGUUAGCUACUUUUCAGAGCUUUUCCAUUUGCUGUCCCAGGGAAAUCGUAAGACUAGAAAUCUUGUUUUGAAAGUAUUUUUGAAUAUGUCUGAAAAUCCCAAGGCAGCCAGAGAUAUGAUUAAUAUGAAGGCAUUAGCAGCAUUAAAACUCAUCUUUAACCAAAAAGAGGCAAAAGCCAAUCUUGUUAGUGCUGUGGCCAUCUUUAUUAACAUAAAGGAGCAUAUUAGAAAGGGAUCAAUUGUAGUAGUUGAUCACUUGAGUUACAAUACUCUUACUGCCAUAUUCCGUGAAGUUAAGGGGAUUAUUGAAAGAAUGUAAAGUGACCCAGAAAUUAAAGAACACUGAACAAUGUCCAAAAUUUGAUUGGCUGUACAUGCCCAAAGAGUUUUGCAUAAUAUUUUGGUAAUUAUUGCUCACACAUUUUUGUCUUAACAUCUUUUACAUAUUUUACCUGUGGCAGGUUCUAGCUCAAAGUUAGAACAUUUUUGAUGUAUCAAAUAAAUAUUACAUCUUAAGAUAAAAAAGUUUAUUGAUUUCUAUCUUAUCUAGAUUAGCAGAUUUUUAACAUUUUACUUAAGGAAACUAUGAUCCAACUCUCAGAAAUGCAGUGUCUUGAGGAUUAAUAUCUGCUUAGAUCUGUUUGUGGCUCCAGAUAACAAAAAGAAACUACUGGUCUUGUAAUCUAGUAACAGAAAUAAGGCAUAUGCAAAUAAAGAUAUCUGAUGGUAAUUA